UGUUGAAGCCCAGUGCGGCGACGCCGGCGAUUGGGGGCACCGGGAGGGUUUUUUCCUGCUUUGUUGUCUCCCCCGACAUUGUUGGGGGACGGAGGAAGAGCCGCCGUCGUUAUCGGGAGAUUCUCGAAUUUGAUUGGUUGUUUACUCAGGGAGAUACAGUGAUGUAACGAAUUCUUCAGAUUGAUCUUCUGGCCGUUUCCGUCUCUUCUGCGGAGUUGGGGAAAGUGGGAAAGAUGGAGUCUCGGAUGGAUCAGUAUGAGAUCAUGGAGCAGAUCGGCCGUGGCGCCUUUGGCGCUGCUAUUCUAGUCAAUCAUAAAGCUGAGAAAAAGAAGUAUGUGUUGAAGAAGAUCCGGCUUGCUCGUCAGACGGAGCGAUGCCGGAGAUCUGCUCACCAGGAAAUGGCGCUCAUUGCACGAAUUCAGCACCCUUACAUUGUGGAAUACAAGGAAGCUUGGGUCGAGAAGGGUUGCUAUGUAUGUAUUGUCACUGGGUACUGUGAAGGUGGAGACAUUAGGGCUGAAUUGAUGAAGAAGAACAAUGGUGUUAAUUUUCCUGAGGAGAAACUUUGCAAGUGGUUCACGCAACUGCUCUUGGCUGUUGAGUAUCUUCAUUCUAAUUAUGUCCUCCACCGUGACUUAAAAUGCUCAAAUAUCUUUCUGACUAAAGAUCAGGAUGUCCGCCUCGGGGAUUUCGGACUUGCUAAAACUUUGAAGCAAGAUGACUUGGCUUCAUCGGUGGUUGGAACUCCCAAUUACAUGUGUCCUGAACUACUUGCAGACAUUCCAUAUGGUUUCAAAUCAGAUAUUUGGUCUUUAGGAUGCUGUGUAUAUGAGAUGGCUGCUCAUCGCCCUGCUUUCAAAGCUUUUGAUAUGGCAGGAUUGAUAAGCAAGAUAAAUCGUUCUUCAAUUGGUCCUUUGCCACCUUGCUAUUCUCCAUCCUUGAAAGCACUUAUUAAAUGCAUGUUGAGGAAAAAUCCUGAGCAUCGUCCUAGUGCAGCUCAGGUCCUAAAGCAUCCAUACUUGCAGCCUUAUGUGGAGCAGUGCCGAUCUUCUUUCAGUCUUCCAACUUGCUCUCUCGAGAAGCCUCCUUCAGCUGGUCGUGGUUCAAGGAGAAACAUGGCUGAAAGCCAGAGCAGCAACAGCUCUAGUAGUGAUAGAGAUAGUUACCUCUCAAGCGAGAGAAACAUCUCAACUAUGGGAGAGAAUAAAGGUACUGAUACAGAUCUGGCAUCAGUUGAUGAUGAUAAUGACACUGAACAAACUACGCCAAGCGAAGGAGAUAGCAAUCAUACAGUUCAUAGCGACAAAGUCAAUGAACGGACAGUGAUGAAGGUCAACCAUUAUGACGAUGGGGCCAAUGUUGAGUCCAAGCAGCAGCCUAAGACUAUUAAGAGUAUUAUGAUGGCAUUGAAAGAAGGCAAGACUAGGGAAAAUGGUUCUCCACUGAGAGGGGCUCGUACGAAAGCUACAGGCAUAGCAACAACACCAAGAAAUACCACAGAAUCAGUGUCGAAAAUUCCAAGACCCUAUGCUGUUGCUCCGAGUUUGAAGCCUAGCGCAAUUGAUGCUUCACCUAUUGCUCAGGCAAAGUUGACAUUCGAUUCUGUUAAGCGGAUUCCAGCAUCAACCCCUUCAAAACAUCAGCAGUUAACAAUAAUUGGUUCAUCGCCGAAGACUAAGCCCAGACACGAUGGCAUCCCGCCAUCUGUCCCCGCAAAGCUUUCUGAUGAUGGACUUGCUGCAAAGUCUAGGCAGAGAACCCCGCCUUCCAACAUAGUUCGACGGUGUCCAUUCCCUGCACGGACAAGACAAGUUGGAAAUGACUCCCUAACUGAGACUACUGCCACGACUAAGUCCCCCGAACUUGCUUCUCACGAAGUUCCCGAUGGGCAGUUCAUGCAUUCUACUAAGGAGCUCAAGCAAGAGACGUUUCACAAAUCUCCAGUUGAAGUUUCAAAAGUGACACAAACUGAGACUACUGCCACGACUAACUCCCCCGAACUUGCUUCUCGUGAAGUUCCCGGCGGGCAGUUCAUGCAUUUUACUAAGGAGCUCAAGCAAGAGACGUCUAACAAAUCUCCAGUUGGAGUUUCAAAAGUGACUCAAACUGAUAGCAGUAAUUCUGUGUCGUCUGCAGUUUCAGUUGAAGCAGCUGAACUUUAUGACGAUGCAACAACUUCAUUUGAUGACAUGCAGACACCUCCAAAUCAUGUGAUAGAAAGAAGGCCAGGAACUUCAGAUCUUCCAGCACUAAGAGUCUCAUCUCCAUCCUCUUUCCACUCUGAUGCUUCCGAAAUUUUAUCAAAUGAAAAUCCUGGAUAUUCUCCUGGAUCUGCAAUCUGCUCAGUUAAACCUUCUAACAGAGCAGAUGCCAAUGGCAAUUCUUCCACUGGUGCUGGUAACAUGAUGUCAAGUGCAGCACUCCAUUUAUCAAUUCCAGUUACUGAAGAAGUGACAAUUGGUAAGGAGGCUAUCCCUGAAAGUCAGCCUAGUUGCAGUAGACCUGAAACGUCACUUGGAUCAAAUGUUACUUCUCCAUGUAGAGGUGAUGACAAGUUUACGGUGACAGAACUUCUAUCAGUUGCAGAGGCUACUACUUCAGCUCUCUCACCAAUUUCGGCCGCUCAAAACUAUUUCCAAUCAGAAAAAGGAACAACCAUCUUUCAAAAUCCACCAGUGGAAAAGGGUUCUGCUGCUGGCUGUCCUCCUUUUGACGAUGUCAUACAUGUCAUACGCCACAGUAGUUUCCGUGUUGGGAACGAGCAGCCAGUCAUGGAAGCUGUUGAGAUGGGAGUUCAAAAUAUGGACGUCGGGAAACUCUUGAAUGUUGUGAGAGAUGAACUGGAUAUGCGAAAUGUGGGGGCUCCAGUGACACUUAAAUCGGCAGGAGGCUCAGAAGCCUCAAGCUUGAAAUCUAGCCUGUCUACUGAUGAUUCCAGCUUCAAGGAAAUGGAUAUGAAAGCUGCAGCCUCAGCCAUGAAGUCCGAUGCUUCUGAGCUGGCAAAACCUACCUCGCCUGUCAAAGAAGAAGUGGCUCCGUCGCCCACUACUGCACCCAAGGAAAUCUUGGACGUGAAGUCAUUUAGGCAGCGAGCUGAUGCACUUGAAGGGCUCUUGGAACUGUCUGCUGACUUGCUACAGCAGAAUAGGCUGGAGGAGCUGGCAAUCGUUCUCAAGCCGUUUGGGAAAGAUAAGGUCUCGCCAAGGGAGACAGCGAUAUGGUUGGCGAAGAGCCUGAAAGGGAUGAUGAUCGACGACAGUGGCCGGAGUUCAUGACUCUGUCUGCAGUUAAGUCUGCUCCUUUUCUUCUUCUUUCUGUUCUACUUGGUAAUGGUAUUUGUCCAGCCACAAAUUUUUUUUUUUUUUUCUUGGCAAAUCCAAAGUUCAAUUGAUUUUUUUUGGAGGAGAGAACAGAUAUAGGCUCUUUUCAUUUCUUUUGGUAAGCUUGUUCUUCCUUUGUUGUAAUUCUUCUUCUUCUGUUUGCAUUUUGUUUGUACAUAGUGACUUAUACCAAAUUGCAUAACUGCAUCUUUGUUGCCAAUUGUAAGGAUGAAAAUGUGGGUAUUUGGAACUGUGAAUUGGGUCAAUAGAAUGAAACGAAAUAAUGUCAUUCAUACA